AUGCAUCAUCUUCCUCUCUCCCUGCUGCUCUUCCUCCUCUGCUCCAGAGCUGAAGCCGGGGACAUCAUCAGGGGCACAGAGAGCAAGCCACACUCCCGCCCCUACAUGGCCCACCUGGGAAUUGUCACUCCCCAGGAUAUGCUGGUGGCUUGUGGUGGUUUCCUGAUAAGAAGGGACUUUGUCCUGACGGCUGCUCACUGUGCAGGAAAGUCUAUAAUGGUCACCCUUGGAGCCCUUAACAUAAAAAAGAAAGAAGACACAUGGCAGAAGAUUGUCGUAAAACAGUUCCCUCACCCAAAAUACAAUGACUCUACUGUUCGCCAUGACAUCAUGUUACUGAAGCUGAAGGGGAAAGCCAACCUGACCCUGGCCGUGGGGACACUCCCCCUUCCACCCCAAUUCAACUUCAUCCCACCCGGGAGAAUGUGCUGGGUGGCUGGCUGGGGAAGUACAAAUGUUCAGGAGCCGGGCUCCAACACUCUGCAACAGGUGAAGCUGAGACUCAUGGAGCCCCAGGCCUGCAGACACUUCACUACUUUUGACCACAACCUCCCGCUGUGCGUGGGCAAUCCCCAGAAGACAAAAUCUGCAUUUAAGGGAGACUCAGGGGGCCCUCUUCUCUGCGCUGGGGUGGCCCAGGGCAUUGUCUCCUAUGAGUCGGAUGCAAAGCCCCCUGCCAUCUUCACCCGGAUCUCCCAUUACCGGCCCUGGAUCAAUAAGGUCCUGAAAGAGAAUUAA